UUCGGCCGCCUAUCUAGAGCGAAUACCUAACAGCCCAUACCAAUUGAAGGUAAGCAAGCUCACAUACGACCGCGACCUCGAUUUCUGAGUGUGCCGCUUCGCCCGCGCUUCCGUCGGACAGUCGUUCUACCAGAGGGCGCCGUCCCAUUGAAGUAAAUAGGCCUCUUUUAUUUGAGAUAUGUAUUUAACAACUUCUGACCCCACCUUCCUUGUCAGUGACUUGGGUGUGUGUAGGUAGUUUCACAGUGUUGGCAAUUUUAAUUCUCGUAGCGUGCUAUUGUCGCAUUAUGUAACGACUGGUGGCUAUAAUUCAUAUCGAUGAUUGCGGAGGCCUUGGGAAACGGGCCUAAAGCCUCGUAUGUGUACCCUUUGUUUGAAAGUAUAUGGCUAUAAAUAUGUAAUUUACAUAAAUCACAAUAGAUCGUUUUUAAGACCAAUGAACUACUACAUUUAUCUUAUGACUAUGCUUAUAUUUUUGUAAGUAAAAGUAAACUGGAAAUAGACCUUUUAUAGUGUUACCAUUUGCUUAUGUUUCCGUUUCCUGGUUAGCUACCGCCUACUAAUUUGUGUUUUUAGCCUCUUGAGCUAACUAGCUAAAUAGACUUUUUGCGUUUAGGACUUGUGAUAAUAUGCGUAUCCAACACAACACAAGUAAAGGUUUACAGUCUGCAUUAGGACACGUGUCUUUUGGAUGCAAACUUGUUUACAAAUUUAAAUUACAAAGUUUCACAGCUGUUAAUCGCUCUCAAGCUAACGUAGCAGGCUAGCUCCCCCCUCCGUACACAACUGUAAGUUUACGCUGUUUGCUCUAAGUCCGGUUCUUCUCGUCUUGAUUUAAAUGUUUAAAGUAAACCGAUUUUGAAACAUGGAACACACAUUUUACGAGUUUGUGCGGGUCCAGUGUAUGCUUCAGAUGUCAGAUUUGAAGUAUUCCUUAUAGUAACUGGGAAAAAAGUUGUAUGCAUCAACUAAGCUAUGGUUAAAAUAAAGAAGUGCCCUGUGUUCUGUAGCAUCACAUGUUUGAAAUGAAGGGUUACGUUUAUUACCGUAAAGGAGCACUAAAAGGUUUUAUUUUAACAAAGAUCUUAACUUAGCUGACACUUAAUCAGUCUUGAGACGGUGCCCUUAGAUUAGAUGAUGUUAAAGCAAGAAGCAAAUAUUCAGAGGAAUUUUCUUUUUUUAAGUUUGAUAUUCUCAAGCAUCUUAGGCUCCUUUCAGAGUGUAUUAUUCAUGCCUUUCCCUCACUCAUAUACAAAAUAAAUGUAUACUAUACAAUACAGAAUAAACAGUUUUCAGAUAUUUUGGGGGGGAAAUCUGUCUUUUUCUGCUCUGUGCUUGACAUUACGUCUUAAGGCUAAAAUUCUUAGUUUUUUCCUGUCUUUAUCCCAUCAGCUGAUGUUGUCUAGGACAAGAGUCACGUGAUGUAUGAAGGCAAACACAUACACUUCUCAGAGGUGGACAAUAAGCCGUUGUGUUCGUAUAGUCCAAAGCUGUGCAAGCAGCGCAGACUUAAUGGCUAUGCGUUCUGUAUCCGGCACGUUCUGGAGGAUAAGACGGCUCCCUUCAAGCAAUGUGAAUAUGUGGCAAAGUAUAACAGCCAGCGAUGUACCAACCCCAUCCCCAAGUCUGAGGACCGCAGGUACUGCAACAGCCACCUGCAGGUCCUUGGCUUUAUCCCCAAGAAGGAGCGGAAAAAGAAGCACGACGCUUUGGAGGAAAUGCGCCCUCGGGCUCACGUGGAGUCAUUGGCUCUCAAUAUUACUGUGCCCUCUUUAGCUCUGAAAGCUCCCAAUGGUAUAAAUGAACUCCCACCAUCUCCCCCCUGCGCACGCCUGUUACCCCUCCCUGAUGGGGAACUCCUGGACCCUUUUGCCUUCUACGAGGACGACACAGACGGGGAGGAGGUGAGCACCCCUCGGAAGGGCAACGCCAUCAAGAAGAAACUACAGAGUCGGCUGAUCCUCAACCAGAAACUCUGCAAUGAUACAGAACUCUUCCAGCCUCCUUCUGAGCACUUUAGCCCCUCCCCUGUUUCCCGCGCGCACCCCUCAUCGCCGCUCAGCACGCUUCUCCCGCGACAGCAGCCAGGUCUUUUCCAGCAGCCUCAGCACUCCACCUCCUUCACCUUCCCAGGACAGCAGCAGGGUUUAUUAUGCAAUCCACCACCACCUCAGACGGUCAACUUUCUGCCUCCAGGGGCGCCUCCAAAUGCGGCGCCCAGUCCAGGGCAACAUUCUGGACCAUCGCUCAGCAGGAAAAUGCCUUUCGCUGGUACUCCAUUGCCUGCCAAUUGCAAGGACAGUGGCAGUAACAAUCAGCGGCAUGUGGUCGUCAUGCGUCCCACGGCCUUCUCACCUUCCGCCAGCUGCCUGGCCAGGUUGCAACACCUCGUCCAGCUCUGUGCCAAGAGACACCAGGAGCACGGAGACCUCUUUCCCCAUCUAGGUUUGGACUGGUCGGAGGACAGUGCAGACGAAGACCACGAAGAAGAGCAGGCAGAGAGAUUAGCUCAUUUUCAGAGCUCAUGGAGACCGCGCAAUGGGCUGGAAGACGACAGCGGGUCGUCGCGGCGCACGCGGCUCCUCCGGCUGUGCUCCUACCUCCAGGAGAAGUACAAGCACAUGUGCAGGCAGGAGAGGGCCAGCAUCCGCCAGAAGAGGUGCCGCUACGCCUUCCGCAAAGCCCUGCUGCACGCCGCCAGCAACAACCCCGGCUGCGCGGGCCAGCUGAUCCAGGAGCUGAGCGCUGCCUCCCGCAGCUCGUCAUGCGCGGCGCCCCAGAAGCCGCAGAGCGCGGGGCCGGGGACGUGCACCGGCAGCACAAAGGGCCAGGCCUGCAGCAACAGGGCUCUGCCCUUCACCCGCCACUGCUUUCAGCACAUUCUGUUGAAUCGCUCCCAACAACUCUUUGCGAGUUGCACGGCCAAAUUUGCAGACGGUCAGCAGUGCUCCAUCCCCGUGUUUGAUAUCACACACCAGACGCCCCUCUGUGAAGAGCAUGCCAAAAAGAUGGAUAAUUUCCUGCGCGGCGACGGGAACCGCCGGGUGCAGCACCAGCAGCAGCGAAAGCCACGUAAAAAGACCAAACCGCCGGCGCUCACCAAAAAACACAAGAAGAAGAGGAGGAGAGGGCCGCGGAGGCCUCAGAAGCCCAUCCCCCCCGCGCUGCCGCAGGGCAACCUGGGGAUGCCCUCCACCAGCCUGGCGCUGCCCUCGCAGGCCAGCAUCAGGAGCCCCUCCACCCCCGACCUGAGCACAGAGGAGCUGCCUGACGACAUCACCAAUGACAUAGCAGACAUUCCAAAUGACCUGGAGGACUUCUCCGAUGUGUUGCCCCGGCUACCCGACGACCUGCAGGACUUCGACCUGUUCGAAGGCAAGAACGGGGAGCUGCUGCCCACCACGGAGGAGGCGGAGGAGCUGGUGCGCGCGCUGCAGGCCAUGGGCUCCUACCCGGACUCCCUGGUGUGCCUGAGCUCCAUGGCAGACCUGGCCCCUGCCGAGGGGGUGGACCACAGAGCCAUGGCCGUGUUCCCGGGACCAGUCCAGCAGGGGGGGAUGGGCGCCCUGCUCACCAGCCGCAUCCCCCCCGAGAACUUCAGCAGCCUGGAGCUGGAGGACAACCUCCUGCACGGCCCGCCCGCCGCGUCCUGCUCCAGCAUCACCUCCUCUUCCUCUGUGGUGGCCCCCUCCCCCUCCCCCCUGCUGACGCAGGCCCCCCCGCCGGAGCGGACGUUUCCUCGGACGCACGCGUCCCACGUCUUGGCCAAGUCGGACGCGGCCACGCCCCCCCCCCAAGGCAGCCACUACAGCAGCGAGCCGUCGCCCUACGGCGAGCACGCCAGCUCCUUUCAGACCGACCCCCCCCUGCUGCUGGAGGUGCCCCUGAGCGGCGUGCCGGGGCCCCCCCGCUCCACCUGGAACAACCUCCCGCUGGCCCUGGCCGACCCCACCCAGUUCGGCAGCCUCAUCAGGUCAGACAGUCAUCUCAUAUCCACGUCUCUGUCCACCCCCCCCGCCACCACCCACUCCGUGACGCUGCAGCCCAUGGCCGCCCUGUCGGCCCUGCCGCAGAGCGCCAUGACCGGGCUGACCGCUCCCCCCGGGCCCCCCUCCUCCCUCCCCGCCUCCUCCCACGACCUGCUGGCCUCCACGCAGCCCAAGCAGCAGCUCCCUCAGUUCAGCGCGGCCUUCGGCCAUCAACUGGCCUCCCACAGCGGCAUCCCGAAAGACGUGCAGCCCAGCCACAGCUCCACGGCCCCCCCCGCCGGCUUCUCCAACGUCAGUGCCACCGCUGCAAGUGCCAACAGCGCCACGCCCCCCUUCACGCACAGCAAAUGA